CCUCAUCCGCUCCGAAUACCUUCAUUCUCUACCUACCUCUUCUUACCUUACCCUUACCACCUUGCCAUUGAUCGCAUUGAACUCAGCCGAUUGAUACAAGCUUUCAAGCUACCAAGCUCACCCCACGCCCCUGCCACAGUUGCAACAUGCUCUAGUUGAAUCAACGAUCUACCCCACCGCCAAUAUGGCUCCUGACGCAGAUCCACCGGUCCAAGACCGCUGGGACUUGCACGACUUCGAUGGCGACCCUGAUCGCUAUCAAUGCCUUUACAACAUGUCAGACGAAUUUGACUUGGAUGCUUGGGCGACUCCUGAUCCUCGGGUCACGACUUUGGUCGAUACGGGAGACGCCUUUGCUUCGGAGAUGGAUAUGAAACCUUCCACUCUGAACCUAGUCGAAUUCGAGAAUACGGACUCCCCUUUUGAUGGAGGCAGCUCCGACGAUGGAGGAAAUCCACCACCACCACUGUUGACGUUCGGAAGACGCCGACGCCCACCUGUGCAGUUGUUACUUCGCAAGCUAGCUCAGCAAAUCGCCGAGUCAACCACCCUUUACCAAUACGACCCCUAUUAUCAGCAACCUGCAACUCCUGAAACGGAGUUUUACGACCUGUCUGCUGCAACGAUCACCGUUGGCAGACUUCCAAGCGAGAACACUACACACCACCCCGGGUUCCCCCCCUCAGUCGCAGUUAUGGCGGUCACUACCACAGGCUGGCCCUACGGGGCCCAGCCGGUAUGUGCUGCACCCGAUGCCAUGAACGACAGCAUGUAUCAGAACUCGCCUUUCUCCGAGCUCUUUGAGCUUUCGGACGAGGGCGACGAUUGGGCAAUGCUCAUGCAGCAGGACAUGCUCGCUACGGGCGACUACGACAUGACAACCUUCGACCCUUCCACCAUGGAACCAACUUACCAAAACACCCACUCUCCUCAGGAAAUCUUCAACGACCCCGCCGUCCAGUUCGAUGUCGCGCAGAGCCUAGGCCCCAAUUUCUUUGACUUUAACAGCUCUCUGCCCGACCUCUCCACCUCUGGCUACCUCUCGGGCGACCAGGUCUCCUCCUAUCUGGGCAGCACGAACACCUCCCCUUUCGAGCCUGUCCUCGACUUCUUCCCCGAAACCGACUCAUUCUCCAUGUUCCCGGCAAGCACCGACGGCUCGCCCCUCGACACAACUACCUCCUCCCCCGGAUCAGACAACGCAAGCGCCCCUUCCAGCUCCUCCCACCCAUACAGCUGCACCACCGACGGCUGCACAAAGACCUUCGCCAAGGAGGCCCAGCUGAAGCAGCACCAGCGCGUCCACCGCAAGGCCCUCGUCUGCACCAUCUGCCGCGCCGAGCACCGCCACGAGCACAAGUUCGCUCAAGUGCGGGACCUAGAGCGGCACAUGCAGGCGCGCCACAAGGACGUCGCCGAGAAGAACAACGUGCGCUCCGAGAUCCGCCAGUGCCCGCACCAGGGGUGCGAACACCAGGGGAGGCGGGACAAUGUGUCGAGGCACCACAAGAGUAAGCACGGUAAGGAACUCAAGUGGAAGAGGGGUAUUCCUCACGUGGUGGGUUGA